CUUUUGUUCUUUCUCGAGAAGGUUGGUAUAGUCUAUAGAUAUCAGAGCAGAGCUCGUGUUUGUUCUUUCUGUUCUGGUGAUAUACCUGCACUUGGAAUCUACUUACGAAAAGGAACAAUGACACGCUUCCGCGGCUGCAUCGACAUCCACGCCGGCCAAGUGAAGCAAAUCGUCGGCGGCACGCUCUCCGAAUCCGACACCGCGGGCGCGGAGCUCAAGACGAAUUUCGUCGCGAGCCUGCCUGCGUCGCAUUUUGGGAAACUGUACAAGGAUAACGAUGUGCGGGGCACGCAUGUGAUUAAAUUGGGACCCGGCUGCGAUGAUGCCGCGGCGGAGGCGUUGGGAGCGUGGGAAGGUGGGUUACAGAUUGGUGGAGGAAUUACAUUAGAGAACGCACAGGAGUGGAUUGAUAAAGGAGCAGAUAAGGUCAUCGUCACAUCAUACCUAUUCCCGAACGCAAAACUGGACCUGGAGAGACUACAGAAGCUGACAGAGAAACUGGGCAAGGAAAGAUUGGUCAUCGAUCUGAGCUGUCGGCGACGGAAUGAGGAAUGGAUCGUUGCUAUGAAUAAGUGGCAGACCUUAACCGAGACCAAGAUUGACAAAGAAACACUGGAAUUCCUAUCCCAGUUUUGCUCAGAAUUCCUCGUGCAUGCCGCCGACGUCGAGGGACUCUGCCGCGGCAUCGACCAAGACCUCGUCGUCGCGCUCAGCAAAUGGUCGCCCAUCCCAGUCACCUACGCCGGCGGCGCCAAGAGCAUCGAGGAUCUGCAGCUCGUCGAGCGGUUGAGCGGGGGCAAAGUUGAUCUCACGUACGGAAGCGCUUUGGAUAUCUUUGGAGGAAAGCUGGUGAAGUUUGAGGAGUGUGUGGAGUGGAAUCGUCACCAUUAGUUUGGGUUGUAGAUACUGAUAGAGAUAAAUA